UACAAUUUUAACACAUACACAAAGCAAUUAAUAUCUAGCAAGCAAUGGACACAGUGGCAAGAUUGGUGGAUGAGAAGCCAUUGGUGAUCUUCAGCAAGAGUUCUUGUUGCAUGAGUCACUCUACAAAGUCAUUCCUACGUGGGUUUGGAGCAAACCCUACAAUUUACGAGCUGGAUCAAAUGCCGAACGGGCAGCAGAUUGAGAGAGCACUGCUGCAGCUCGGUUGUCGGCCAAGCGUACCUGCUGUGUUCAUAGGGCAGCAGUUCGUCGGCGGUAAUAAUACAGUCAUGGGUCUCCAUGUACAGAAUAAGCUUGUCCCUCUCCUCAUGAGAGCUAAAGCUAUUUGGAUUUGGAACGAAAAGUAGUGUGUGUGUGUGUGUGUGUGUGUGUAGAUUUAAUAUUCAGUUAUGUACUGAACCCUAAAUUCUAAACCACCGGCCCUACGAAGGGGCCGGUUCGAUCUUUUUGUACUUUGAUCUAGGUAUAUGAGUACCAAAUUGAGAACUUCUGUCA